AUCUUCCUGGGCGGCCUCCCGUUCGACACGGACGAGCGCACGCUGCGGGAUCUGUGCGAGCGCUACGGCGACGUCGAGAGCGUGAAGAUCUCCUACGACGUGGAGACGCGGAAGUCGCGAGGGUUCGCGUUCAUCACGUUCGCGAGGCUCGACGACGCCCUGGACGCGGCGGAGAGGAUCAACGGGACGGACGUCGAGGGGAGAAUCGUGCGGUGCAACAUGGCGGAGGACAAGCCAGAGCGCGCGAACGGCGGCGGAUCCGCGGGGAAACAUCAUCAUCAGGCGCGCGGCGGCGGAGGAGGAGGCGGCGUUGGGGGC